UUCACUGGCAAUGGCUUAUACAGGUGUUUUCACAACAAAAACAACUUAUACACCUUUCCCCUCUCAUACCUGCCAUUCGGGCGCUUAUUUCUGAAUUUUAUUUACUUUAGUUUUUAAUUUUUACAAUAUUUUUUCAUUCAUAGUAAUUAACUUAAAUCUCAUUGAAUAUGAAACACAAUAUUCCGUCCCAUAAAUGCCUUACCAUAACAACAAUCGUUUGCCUAAUUUAUCUCAUAUCACCAGUUUUAAGCAUAAAGUGUUGGGUUUGUCACUCGGAUGCUGACCCCAAGUGCGCCGAUCCCUUCGACAACUCCACGCUUCCCAUCAAAGACUGUCGAGAAGUCAAAUACAGUCACUUGACUCUGGUUGAUCCGUACGAAGAUUUGAAGUAUGACUACGAGAGGAAGCACCCGCAGGUACCCGGGUAUCGACCGGUGCAGCCACGACCGCCCCCGCGUCUCUUGGAGGCCACAAUGUGUCGCAAAAUAAGGCAAAAAAUUCACGGAAACUGGAGAACCAUCAGAAGCUGCGCUUUUCUGGGCUCUCCCGGCGAAGGCACCGGCAAUGAACACAAUUGCCUCUAUAGACAGGGUAUGAAAUAUCUAAGCUAUCCAUCCAUCAGUCAUUUCAUACAAUUACUGCAUUUAGGAACCCAUGACAUCUACACCGAGUUCUGCACCUGUAAUAGUAAGGAUGGAUGCAAUACCGGUGCCCUACACAUUGCAACGCCACUCAUAAUCUCAGCAUUCAUUAUAAUCUCCACAUUAAUCUUAAUAUUUUAA